GUGAAGGUGGAAGGUGUGUGUGAGCUGAUGGGGUCUAGUGAAUCCAGCAGCAUGGAUCAGUGGGAGAAACCACAGGAGGGAGCCCCUCCCUCUAAAAGUAGAGAUGGUAACCAUGACAACCAGAGCAAAGCUCAGAGGAUCCAACCUGGACCUGGAUCUGGAUCCAGCUGGGUGUCUAAAUGGAGUGACAAAUUAAAAGAUUGUUUAAAUAGAUUAAUAAAAAGUCGUUCAGGAGUGGAACAGGUCCAACAAAAAUUUCAAACUGACUGUGGAUCUGAACCCAACCGUGCUUUCUUCAUGACUAAAAAGUCAACAGCUUCUCUUCCUGCCUCAAAAGACAUCAGUUCAGGGCUGGAACAAGGUCAACAGGUCACACAGAGAGUUCUGUCUGCAGCCUCCAGCUGUGGCUCCAUGAAGAGUGACUGGUCCAAAUAUGAUCCUCCAGACUUCAGAACUGAACCAGAACCUCCAGACUCACAGGUCCAUCAGAGACUCCGAACUGGAUCUGAAUCUGAACCCAGUCGUGUUUCCUUCAGGAGUGACUGGUCAAAGCGUGGUCUCAUUGACUUUAAAUCCCCAUCAUCUUCUAGUUCAGAGAGACUGGACCAGCAGAGCUCAGAGACUCCCAGUGGUCCGUCUUUCCAGCAGCAUCAAACACAGCUGGACUCCAUCUUUCUGCUGCUGGAGGACAACAUUGUCACUUUUGUCAAGAAGGAGCUGAAGAAGAUCCAGAAGCUUCUGAGUCACAGGGAGGAUGAGGAGGAGCUGGAGGAUGACGAUGAAGAGCAGAGGAACAGCAGAGAGUCACUGAUGAAGAUCACAGUGAACUUCCUGAGGAGAAUGAAGCAGGAGGAGCUGGCUGAUGGACUGCAGAGCAGAUCUGCUGCUGCAGUUUGUCGACAUGAAGUCCAAUCUGGUCUGAAGAAGAAGUUCCAGUGUUUGUUUGAGGGGAUGACUAAAGCAGGAAACCCAACCCUUCUGAAUGAGAUCUACACAGAGCUCUUCAUCACAGAGGGAGGAAGAGGAGAGCUGAAUGAAGAACAUGAGGUCAGACAGAUUGAAGCAGCAUCCAGGAAAGCAGACAGAGCAGAAACAAGCAUCAGACAAGAAGAGCUCUUCCAACUCCCAGCUGGAAGACCAGAACCAAUCAGAACCGUGAUGACUAAGGGAGUGGCUGGCAUCGGGAAAACAGUCUUAGCACAGAAGUUCACUCUGGACUGGGCUGAAGGCAAAGCCCACCAGAACCUCCACUUCACAUUUCCAUUCACUUUCAGAGAGCUGAAUGUGCUGAAAGAGGAGAAGUUCAGCUUGGUGGAACUUGUUCAUCACUUCUUCCCUGAAACCAAACAAGCAGGAAUCUGCAGCUUUGAAGACUUCCAGGUCCUCUUCAUCUUUGAUGGUCUGGAUGAGUGGCGACUUCCUCUGGACUUCCACAAGACUCGGAUCCUAAAUGACCCUAGAAAGUCCACCUCAGUGGCUGAUCUGCUGACAAACCUCAUCAGGGGGAACCUGCUUCCCUCUGCUCUCCUCUGGAUAACCACACGACCUGCAGCAGCCAAUCAGAUCCCUGCUGAGUGUGUUGACAUGGUGACAGAGGUCAGAGGGUUCAAUGAUCCUCAGAAGGAGGAGUACUUCAGGAAGAGGUUCAGAGAUGAAGAGCAGGCCAGUAGGAUCAUCUCCCACAUCCAGAGAUCCCGAAGCCUCCACAUCAUGUGCCACAUCCCAGUCUUCUGCUGGAUCACUGCUACAGUUCUGGAGGAUCUGCUGAAGAGCAGAGAGGGAGGAGAGCUGCCCAAGAGUCUGACUGAGAUGUACAUCCACUUCCUGGUGGUUCAGGCCAAAGUCAAGAAGGUCAAGUAUGAUGGAGGAGCUGAGACAGACCCUCACUGGAGUCCAGAGAGCAGGAAGAUGAUGGAGUCUCUGGGAAAACUGGCUUUUGAGCAGCUGGAGAAAGGAAACCUGAUCUUCUAUGAAUCCGACCUGACAGAGUGUGGCAUCGAUAUCAGAGCAGCCUCAGUGUACUCAGGAGUGUUCACACAGGUCUUUAGAGAGGAGAGAGGCCUGUACCAGGACAAGGUCUUCUGCUUCAUCCAUCUGAGUGUUCAGGAGUUUCUGGCUGCUCUUCAUGUCCACCUGACCUUCAUCACCUCUGGACUCAACCUCAUGGAGGAACAACAGAAGAAAAAAUCCUUAAAACUUCUCAAACUGAAACAAAGCAGUCCAGUACAGUUCUACCAGAGUGCUGUGGAGAAGGCCUUACAGAGUCCAAACGGACACCUGGACUUGUUCCUCCGCUUCCUCCUGGGUCUUUCACUGCAGACCAAUCAGAGUCUCCUACGAGGUCUGCUGACCCAGACAGGAAGUAGCUCACAGACCAAUAAGAAAACAGUCCAGUUCAUCAAGAAGAAGAUCAGUGAGGAUCUGUCUGCAGAGAAAAGCAUCAACCUGUUCCACUGUCUGAAUGAACUGAAUGAUGGUUCUCUAGUGGAGGAGAUCCAACAGUUCCUGAGGUCAGGAUGUCUCUCCACAGAGAAACUGUCUCCUGCUCAGUGGUCUGCUCUGGUCUUCAUCUUACUGUCAUCAGAAGAAGAUCUGGAAGAGUUUGAACUGCAGAAAUACUCUGGUUUAGAGGAGGCUCUUCUGAGGCUGCUUCCAGUGAUCAAAGCCUCCAACAAAGCUCUACUGAGAGAGUGUAAUCUGUCAGAGAGAAGCUGUGCAGCUCUGUCCUCAGUUCUCAGCUCUCAGUCCUCCAGACUCAGAGUUCUGGACCUGAGUUUCAACAACCUUCAGGAUUUAGGAGUGGAGCUUCUGUCUGCUGGACUGGAGAGUCCAGACUGUAAACUGGAGACUCUUAGGUUGACAGACUGCAGUUUGUCAGAGAUCAGCUGUGUAGUUCUCAGGUCAUCUCUGAAGAAAAAUCCAUCCAAUCUUACAGAACUGGACCUCAGCGAGAACAAGAACCUGCAGGAUUCAGGAUUUCUUCAUCUGUGCGGUUUUCUGGAGAGUCCAGACUGCAGACUGCAGACUCUGAGGUUGAUGGACUGCAGUUUAUCAAAGAUCGGCUGUGAAGCUCUGGUCUCAGCUCUGAAGAAAAACCCGUCCAACCUGACAGAACUGGACUUGAGCAACAACAACAACUUGCAGGAUUCAGGAGUUCUUCAUCUGUGUGGUUUUCUGGAGAGUCCAGACUGCAGACUGCAGACUCUGAGGUCAGACACCAUGUUUCAGUUGUGUUCAGAUCAAUAUAAUGAGUACAGAUGACUGACUGAUGACAUA